UCCGGAGUUGAGAGAGUCUCGCUUCUUGCGACACCCCCGCGCUCGUUCUUGUUUAUAAGUUUCUUUAUAUUUGUUGGAAGUUGUUAUUGUUGCUGUUGCUGCUGACGAUCUUUAAUGUUUUUCAUGCUGUGAAUAAGAGGCCAGAAAACAGGGAGAAAACUAUGUUUUGGAGUGAAACGUUAUAGAGCCAAGCCAUAGUGAAUUCACAAAAUAUCUUGCCAAACAUAUAAAGUAGAGCUCUUCAGAGUAUUUUUGGAACUCCAUUUUCCUUUUGUAUCGCUUUAAAAUGUAUAUCACGUGCAAGUGUUUGAAUGUGACCAUUAAAACUAGAGGAGAACUGACUACUGUCAGUGACGAUGACUUAGAUUUAUCUCCAAAUGAGAAGGCUGUAUUUUUAAAAAAUGAUCUUUCUACUACAAGUCAAUUGGACAUUAUUACAAAAGAACAACCUGGCCUAGUGGAAAUUAAAACUAUAGGUCAAUGGGCUGUUCAUCGCUGUUUCAACUGUAAUUUAUACACCCAUGCAGUACACAGGGUAUAUGGAGCAGCCAAGGUCUUAAUUAACAACAGUGUCAUUAUAUCUCAAGAAGAAGUAGAGAAAUUGAAAGCUUGUCCUCACUACAGUCCAAUUUUUAGGAUAAUAAUAAAUUCAAACAAAGAAGAUGAGCUUGGUUUGCUCAAAACACCAUCUAAAUAUUCUGUAUCUCAUCUGUCAAGUAAUUUAAGAUUAGCUCUUGGAGGAAUUGAUAAAACUCUUGAAGACGCCAUCCACUGUCAAACUCGCUUGACAGAUGAAAAAAUACGCGCCUUCACUGAAGAACAAUGUCGUAUUUUAGAAAUAUACAAGGAACGUGCUCACAAUGAACGUGCUCAUCUGGCAAGGUUGAUAAGUAAUGAGCAGAAAAAUGAAAUUGAUGCAGCCAACUUCGACACACCACCAUUAACUCCUGAAACCAUUCGGACCGAAAAACCCGUAAGCGACGCGGUUGACGCCGCAACUCUAAGUAACACUCCACUUCAUCAGCAGUCCUCUUUGAAACCAGUGAAAGCGGAUCAUACAUUUAAUAUUAUUAAAAAUGGUAAACAAUGUAAGGAUCGAAACAGUUAUGACGACGAGACUCUCUUUGAAUUAGAGGGUAUGGAUGAUAUAUCGCCUCCUCUUCACAAUCUUCUAGUUUCCGAUCACGAUUCGGAUACUGAGGACUCUGGUAACGAAGAAGCUUAUAUAUCUAGAAGUAGGAGUGAUUAUGGUAAUUUAGCCAGAUCGUUACCUGUGAAUGUGCCUCCUUUUUGUAAUUCCUAUAAUGGACCUGAUUUACAUGAUGAUGAUUAUGGGAAAGAGAUGCCACGAGAGCCCAUUGAUCCUAACAUUAUUCAAGCAUCAAUAAAGGCCUUAGCCAAAAGCGUUCACGGUGACGCUCCCUUUGGUGAUCUACCACGCCCCCGAUUUUCAACCCAAAUCUGACUCGGAACGUCGUAGGGUCGCCGUUUCAUUGUAAAGUGAAAAAAAAUUUAUCGGCAAUCACGUGAUUAAAAAAAAAAAUAUUUCUGUGACACAUUUCAUGUCAGCCAUUAUUAUUUUAUAGAGACGAACCGCGCGAUUAAUGCAGCAAGUGAUGAUGAAAGAAGAUGAAUAUUUUUUUAAUUAUUGUAAAAGCGCAAACAAAUCUAGAUAUAAUUUUUGACGACAAAUAAAUAAGAGACGUUUUACACGUGAAGUCAGUUUCAACGUAACAAGGGUUUCCUCAAGUGUUAUUUGUACUGUUAGUUCAAAACAAAGUAAUAUCAUGUUUUAUUUCAAACAUAAUUUUUUCUCUACUUCAAAUAGCAUUGUAUAAAAGUGUACCUUGAAAUAUAACAAUAUAACCCGCUGUGAGUUUACGAGAAUAUUAACAAUUGUUGAAAAAAAAAAAAAUUUGAUUUAAAGUCACGUUUACCAAGGACACGGUCACUUUAUAUAUUUUUACAGAAUAUGUGAUAGCUAUAGAAUGGCUACUAUAUUAUUGAAAAUGAAAAAAUCUAUCAAACCCUUUUUUAAAAGCUGUAUUUGUUGAAUCUUAAAAGUAGUAUAUCAACACUCAGUCUUGAGAAAAAAAUGUACCUAAAAAGUUUUUGCGUUUAGUACUAUAUCCUAUCAAAUAUAAAGAAACUUUAAUUUUUUUUUAAUUUUAUGAAUUUGGAUGGUUAGAAAUUAAUAAUGAAAUUCUUAUAGGAUCCAAUUUGAUGUGGAAUAACAUUUAUUUAAUUAAUGAAUUUUACAAUGCCAUGAUUUUUUUAUUUUGAUACUAAGCCUGCGUUAUUUUAUCAUAAAAUGUAUAUUGAAUCAUGCAAAUUCAAAUUAUUAAAUUUAGAUAGUGCUAGCUGUAAGUCGUAAGUCAAAGUCAUAUUUUUAUACAUACAACGAAUGUAUUUCACUUUUUAGUCGACUAAAUCUUUUACUUAUUUUUUGAUCGAUUUUAAAAAUUAAAGUGUACUGUAAAUUUUUUUUUUAAUAAAAUCAUUACACACU